CGCAUAUUUUGUACUUUCCAACAGACAACUGUUCUCGGUCCCACUGGCAUGUUAUUACGAUACGAAAGUAGUUGAGGAUUGAGCUUCCCAACUGAACCGUUUUAAAAUUUGUAACCCGACACACCUCAUCCAACGUUAAAUCUCCUCCUCGUCCUAGAUCUCUCUUCAUGGCUGGGUUUUUCUCACUUCUAAGGCGCCUCUAUCUCUCCCUUUACAAUUGGACGGUUUUGUUUGGAUGGUGUCAAGUUCUGUAUUUUGUUCUCAAGACGUUGAACGAAUCGGGUCAUGAGCAUGUUUACGGUGCAGCAGAAAAGCCUCUGCUUUAUGCACAAACAGCUGCUGUGUUAGAGAUUCUUCAUGGUUUAGUAGGACUGGUGAGAUCUCCCAUAACAUCGACGUUGCCACAGAUAAGUUCAAGGUUGUUCCUGACUUGGGGCAUUUUAUGGAGUUUUCCUGAGACUCAGUCUCAUGUGCUUGUUACCUCCCUACUGAUCAGCUGGUCCAUCGNAGAGAUCAUUCGGUAUUCUUUCUUUGGUGUCAAAGAGACUUUUGGAUUUACUCCAUCAUGGCUUUUGUGGCUUAGAUACAGCAGCUUCCUGGUUUUGUAUCUAACAGGCAUAAGCAGUGAAGUUGGUCUAAUAUACAUCGCCUUACCGUUCAUCAAGGUUUCUGAGAAGUAUUGCAUAAGGAUGCCAAACAAAUGGAACUCAUCAUUUGAUUACUUUUAUGCCGCAAUUGCUGCAAUUGGAAUCUACGUUCCAGGUAGUCCUCACCUGUAUAAAUACAUGCUUGCACAGAGGAAGAGAGCUCUCUCCAAAUCUAAGAGAGAGUAAUGCCAUAUAUGUUGUUUACAUUGAUUUGGAGUCAAACAUAGGACAUACAUAUGUAUGUCUUGGUUUGAAUCCACAUACAGAGGCACCACGGAAACAAUUGAUUUUCUUGUUAAUGUAUCAUUGAAAGGCAGCAUGCCAGAGAUAGAUAAACUAAUGUAUUUGCUUUUUGGUAACAUGGUGCAUGUAGCUUACUGUAGUUGUGUGUUUCUCAAUCAUAUGCUGCAGAUGUUUAACACCAAAUAAUAAAUCUGAGGUUUUUUCAGGGGAGACAUAAGGGAGAUUCAGCAUUAUUAAGUCGUGAAUAAGUUUAUAUAAGAUAUCAGGACUUCACUUUUAACCUAAAAUAUUAUGACACUGGAUUUAUGAGUCAUUCUAUA